GAACUUAACAUUACGGAUUUGCUCUGAAACAAGCUGGUGGUAGUGGUGUAAACAUACAUGUAGCCUCUAUGAUUCACAUUGAAAAUAUCAAUCUAUAAAAACGAAUAAAGAUUUUCAGAAGCAUUAGCAAAAUGAGCGCCGAACGCGGUCAACCGGACGAGGCAACUGUGACUUCAAACGCUGCUGAAAAUGACAAAGAGAAUGUACCACUGGGCGCUGAACAAGGAACAGUUAUUGAUGUGAAACAAGGUGCAAACAUAUCAGAUGAACUAUUAGCAUGUGCCCCUGUAUUAAUGGAUACAUGGGAGGCGAAGAAGCCUGUCAAACGUAACCCCCCUUCUACAACCGCCACACCUGCUGCUAAAACAGAACCAGCUACAAAUGAGAUUGUCAAGGAGUCAGCUGGAACUCCAUCAAAACCCGACGACGACGUGGAACCAUUAAAGCCUAGUGAUAAGGCAGAAGAACCCGUACAGAAUGGAGAAGUUAACGGAAAACAUGUGGAACCUAUACGCCCGCCAGAAGAGUUGACUCCCGAUGCUAUAUCUGAGAGAAAAGAGGCGAGGAUUAAGAGUUUAGAAACACAGAUUAAGUUGCAGCGAGAGAAGGCGAGGCUGUCCUGCCAAAGACUGGAGCAGGCGACUAAGCUGUUAGACAUGCGCCGGAAGGCACUAGAGGAGGCAGAGAGGAAGGCACGAGAAGCGGAACGUCGAAUUAUGGCCAUGGAAACAGUCCUUGAGAAAACCAAAGAUCCUAACUAUGAAGAUACGUUCGUCCCAAAAGACAAGGAAAGGCGCGUGCUCAAAACUCAACGGGUGCUUAUCUCAUCGACGGGCGACAUGGAACAAUGGCUAGCCGAUCCGAAUGCGUUAAAGAAAGCAAAGGAAACUGAGCUGAGGCAGAUAUGCGGAGAUAUGAAAUCGAUUGAGACUAGGUCCAGCUCAGCCAAACAGUCAACGGAGGCUCUGGAACAAAAAAUGAAUCAUCUGCGUGCAGAGAUUGAUAAAUGGAAAGGCAGACGAGACGAAUUGAAAGAUAUGAGAGACGAACAAAAAGCUCUUCUUGCUGAGAUUCCUAAACUUUCUCGCCCAAAUGAUGACACGGACCAACCGCCACCACCGUCCGCUGGGAGUACAGAAUAGCACAGGGCAGAAUCCUGCCCGAGCACCUUAUUGGGAAAUUGGAAUUUGAUUCUAAGCCCCUUCCGGGAAUUAUUUAAUAUUUAUAAUGAUACAUAGAAUUAUUACUAUGCAUGAGGAUGUUUGAACGAGAAUGGACAUGCGACUUUAGUGAUUUUUAUCAUUUUGCAACCAUUGUGGUGCCUUUCUUGUAUAAGUAAAAACGCUCUAUUGGAGACUACUAAUGAUAGAUAUAUAUAUUGUUUAUAUGAUCUGCAAGUUUUCAAAUCCAUAAUGAAAAUUAUUAUAGGAUAACUUAAUUGUUAUUACAAUCAAUAUUCAUCAUGUUACAUAGUGAAUAAAG